AUGGCUGUCUUUGCUCCAGAAACGCGAAACGGGGCUGACAGCAUUGCCAUCAAUGGCAUACCACCCGCCGCCUAUGUAAAUGGCAACGGCAACCUGGCGCAUCGCCUCAAAAUGGAACGCAAACAGUCCUCGCCCAUGAUGCCGGCCUUCAUGGUCUCGGCACCAGGAAAAGUCAUCGUUUUUGGAGAGCACGCCGUCGUUCACGGCAAGGCCGCAAUCGCCGCUGCCAUCUCUUUGCGAUCAUACCUCCUCGUCACCUCCCUCUCCAAGUCGAGGAGAACAGUCUCGCUUCGUUUCCCAGAUAUCGACCUGCAACACACAUGGAAUAUCGACGACCUGCCGUGGGCUACCUUCCAGCACCCUUCAAAGAAGAAGUCCUACUACGACCUUGUGACGGAGCUUGACCCGGACCUGGUUGCAGCCAUCCAACCAAACCUUGCAGAAAUAUCACCGCACAAGUCUGACCAAGUACGAAAAGUGCACCAAAACUCGGCCUCGGCCUUCCUGUACAUCUUCCUAUCGCUUGGCCACCAGUCUUUCACAGGAUGCCUCUACACUCUUCGGUCAACGAUUCCUAUUGGCGCUGGUCUGGGCAGCAGUGCGUCCAUCGCCGUCUGCCUGGCAGCGGCUCUUCUCCUGCAGCUGCGCACGCUGUCAGGCCCACACCCGGAUCAGCCCCCUGACGAGGCUAGGUUGCAAGUGGAGAGAAUCAACCGGUGGGCGUUUGUCUGCGAGAUGUGCAUACACGGCAACCCUUCAGGCGUCGACAACACCGUUUCAACCCAAGGCAAGGCUGUGGUCUUCCAGCGGACGAAUUACAGCAAACCCCCGGCCGUGCGACCUCUCUGGGACUUCCCCGAGCUCCCCCUUCUCCUCGUCGACACGAGGCAGGCCAAGUCGACGGCAUUCGAAGUGGCCAAGGUCGGCAAGCUCAAGAAGACACAUCCGGAGCUGGUUGGCAGUAUCCUGGACGCCAUUGACAAGGUCACGGUUGCGGCAGACACUCUGAUUGGAAAUGAAACAUUUGACAACGAGGAGGAAGAAAGUCUACGGAAGGUGGGAGAGCUGAUGACGAUCAAUCACGGAUUGCUCGUCUCUUUGGGGGUGUCCCACCCGCGUCUGGAGCGGAUAAGAGAGCUGGUGGAUCACGAAGGCAUUGGAUGGACGAAGCUGACUGGCGCUGGCGGCGGCGGUUGCUCCAUCACUUUGCUGAAGCCCGAUGUGCCCAAGGACAAGCUUAACAGGCUGGAAUCUCAACUGGAAGACGAAGGCUACGAAAAAUUCGAAACAACCCUGGGCGGUGACGGCGUUGGCGUGCUCUGGCCAGCAGUACUCAAGAACGGAAUGGACGAAGACAAUGAAGGAGGCAUGGAAAUCGACCAAGAGAGUUUCCUGAACGCCGACGGCAACGAGGGUGUCGAGAAGCUGGUGGGCGUUCACGGGGGCGUAGGCGAGCGAGAAGGCUGGAAGUUCUGGCGCGUCGAGAGCCAUUGA